CCAACCACAGUUCAGCAUUUGGACCUGGAACUUUCACUACCUCCAGAACCUACUACAGAGGUUAAACCUUUUCCAGCCAUGCAGGCGAUGCCAGUGCAGCCUCCAGAGGCACCUAAGGAGGUUGGAUCUCGACCUCCAGUGUAUGAUCAGACAACAGUCCCAACACUGGGUCAGGAUCAAGCUCAGUAUCCACCAAUGUCAUCCAGCAGCACAGUUCAACCUUUGGACCUAGGGCUUACCAUAACUCCAGAAUUCACAGUUCAAUCUUUGGACCUAGUUCUUACUGUAACUCCAGAAUCCACUAUGGAGGUUAAACAUCUUACCACCCUGAAGAACACUGUGGCUACAUUUCUAGACCAGGUUCAGACUCAGCGUCCAAGCCUGCCUCAAGUCCCAGGUCAACCUAGCAACCUGGAACUUACCAUAGCUUCACAAUCUCCUACAGGGAUUAAACCUUCUUCAACCACGCAGGAGAUGCCAACGUUGCCUCCAGACUCACCUAAGAAGGAGGUAUCUCAACCUCCAGUAUAUUAUGAGACCACAGUCCCAACAUCAGGCCAGAGUCAAGCUCAGCAUGCAAUAUCAUCCAGCACCACAGUUCAAUCUAUGGACCUAGUGCUCACCAUAACUCCAGGAUCUGCAACGGAGGUUAAAUAUCCUACAACACUAAAGGAGACUGUAGCUACAAAUUUAGACCAGGUUCAGACUCAGAAUCCAAGCCUGCCUCAAGUCACAGUUCAACCUAUGGACCUGGAACUUACUGUAAGUCAGCUCCCAGGGUCAUCUGAGGCAGUUAGUUUUUCUUCAGCAACUGUUAGGCAGGAUUCUAAAACGGAUUUAGCUGUGCCAACGGAAAAGAAUGCUGCCGUGAAUGCUGACAUUUGUCAGAUUUGUACCUGCAGAAAUCAGACACUAUCGUGUACUGGUCUUGACCCAAGCCAGAGGCUCCACCAAGUGCCUGUCCUGGAGCCCAGCAGCUACAAUGGCACCUUCACCAUCUUAAACUUCCAAGGAAAUGCUAUUUCCAAUAUUGAUAAAAAUGUGUGGAAAUCAUACCGCUGGGCUGAGAAACUGUGAGUAUA